AACAUCAAGAUCAGCAAAACAACACAAAAAAAAACUCCAUUUAUAAGCAAUUAAUCAUCUUUUACACUCUCCAAUAGACCCCAUCACACACAUUCCCUAUAUCAUCAUCAUCUGUUCCUUUCCUGUUCAAAAUUCCUACAAAAAACCAAUGGGAGAUGAUAAUACACCAAGAGAACAAUUAAUACCCACAUCAAAAAACACUGUAAAAUCAUUCAAUCGUCUUCUAUCACACGCCCAUGACGAAUUACACACUUUCCGAUCUUACCUUCGUUGGAUGUGUGUUGAUCAAUCCAAUAUUUACACUACAAUUUUAUGUUGGUUUACAUUUCUUGUUUUUGCAAUCUUAGUUCCUGCUUUUUCCCAUUUUUAUCUUGCUUGUUCUUCGUGUGAUGCUAAACAUCAUCGACCUUACGAUUCUCUUGUUCAGCUUUCGCUAUCCAGUAUCGCAACGCUGUCGUUUCUUUGUUUGACUCGGUUUUUGAGGAAAUAUGGGUUGAGAAGGUUCUUGUUUUUCGAUAAACUUGUUAAUGAGAGUGAUUCUGUUCGACAUAAUUAUACUAUUGAGCUCAAUAGAUCACUGAAGAUAGUAUCCGUCUUUGUACUCCCAUGUUUUGUUGCUGAAUGUGCCUACAAAAUUUGGUGGUAUGCUUCUGGAUCCUCCCAAAUUCCCUUCUUGGGUAACAUCAUCUUAAGCGACAUUGUAGCAUGCUCAUUAGAGCUUAUCUCAUGGCUGUAUCGGACAUUAGUCUUUUUCCUGGUGUGUGUUCUCUUCCGUCUGAUCUGCUACCUCCAAAUCCUGCGGCUGAAGGAUUUCGCCUCUGUGUUCCAAGUAGAUUCAGAUGUUGGGUCUGUUUUGGUGGAACACCUUCGGAUCAGGAGGCAUUUGAGGAUUAUUAGUCAUCGUUAUCGUGCAUUUAUCUUAUGCGCAUUGAUAUUCAUCACUUCGAGCCAAUUUACUGCUCUAUUGUACACUACUAAAAACCAUGCUAAUAUGAGCAUUUUCAGAGCCGGAGAACUAGCAUUAUGCUCCAUGACUUUAAUGACUGGUCUAGCCAUAAUACUGAGAAGUGCUACAAAGAUAACACACAAAGCUCAGGCAAUCACAUCUCUUUCUGCGAAAUGGCACGUGUGUGCAACCAUCGACUCCUUUGCUACCACCUCUGAGACCGAAACACCAGUAGUUCAAAACUCCAAUGGUGCGGGAAGUGCUGGUUUCUUUGAUGCUCGUAGUGGAGACUCAGAUGACGAUGAUGCUGGAGACGAGGAAGAUGAUGUUGACAACACUAAGUUUCUUCCUGCGUAUGCCUACAGCUCAAUCUGUUUUCAGAAACGACAAGCUCUAGUGACAUAUUUCGAAAACAACAAAGCUGGGAUUACAGUUUACGGAUUCAUGUUAGAUAGGGCUUGGCUGCAACUCAUUUUUGGUAUUGAGUUAUCCUUAGUACUCUGGCUGCUCGGAAAAACCAUUGGUAUCUAAUGCACACGAUCACACGAACAUCAUUAUUAGAGCUUGAAGACUAUUUAUUCAAUCUUCAAUAAUUCGUCGAUCUUAUAGUCCUCACUUUCGUAGACGUUUUCUCACCAAUCACUAAGACGAGGCAGGUUGUGGCUGCGACUGGUUUGUCAGUUUAGUCGUCCUGCAAAGCGACAUCAUUGAAGUACAAUGCUAUUUUGUGUUUACGUACCAUUUGUAGAUUCUACACCCUAUUUGGCUUCCGUCUUGUACUUAGCAUCUUCAUAAACGGGGAAUAAUAGGCUUGUCGAUCAUUGUUGCUCGAUAUUUGUUGAUUCGUGGUAUUCUUUCGAAAUAAUUGAUAUGUUUGUAUGCCUUUUUUGUUACCUUGGAGUUUUUCUCAUGUUCUUUUUUUGUACGUGUAAUUAUUAAUUGUUUGAUAGAAUAAUUAAUUUUUUCAGAGUAUUUAUGUUUACGCGAAGAGAUAAUUUUACGUGAAAAAAUAAA